CGUUGGUAUGUAGCAAUAUUAAAAAAGGUUACAUGUGACGUUACUAACGUGAGUCUGUCUUACUUAAUGCGGGUCAGCAAAUAGUAAAUGUGCUGGAAGGAGCCCUACGUAGUCUGAGACUGCAGAGCUGUGAAUAAAACUAUUUUUUUAACAACAAAACUACAAUAAAGUAUGUAUGAGGAAAUGACAAGUCAGGAGUGGAUUAUGUCGAAUCAUGUACAGUGCCCAAAGCAAUCAACGACAGAGGAACGAAGGGGAUGUUUCGUUAAACAUUGAGGGAGAAACAAUUAUGGCUGAGAAAAAUGAAGAUUUGAAGAACUCACUAACAAAUUUGGUUGAUGAUUUAGGGUACAUUCUGUCCGAUCGUUUACGAAAUGUAGAUGGCGAUUUCGAUUUCGAGUUGUCUCUCACUGUUUCAUCUGAUCUCGACACUCGGUUCAUGCUGAUGCUUGACAAGAAUAUGAUGCCUGAAUCUAACACGGACGAUUCCAUACCUGUUAAGAAUGACUGGGUGAAGUUUGCCGCAACGGCCUCUGCAUACGUCUACAAAAAUGUUGGUGAAUCGGUUUCCAAACCCCUUCGAAAAUGGCUGGCGAAUGCUGCCAGUGCUGCGAUUCUCGCUGGACUGCUUGCAGAAGUGCCCGAGUCGUCGGAUUCAAAUGAACGAUCUGCUUCUGAUGGAGAAACACCUGUCGAACAUGUCUCCACACCUGAUAGAGUAGUGGAGCAUCGUCAAGAUGGUGCCUGGUACUAUGGCCGUUGGACCGUUGACAAUGUUGCCAGAAGUUGUGAAUUGAUGGAUGUGAUCGAUGUUGAAAUGACAGAUGCAUGUAUUCGAGUGAUGAUUGCUGCUGUUGUUAAUUAUUUUCAGGAGAACAGAUUCGCACCGUGUGGUUUGUUGAGAGACAGUUAUGCAAGUGCGAUACUGAGAAGUGAUCUAAUGGAUAGGUAUGGGUUAACAGACGAACAUGAUAAAAUUGAAGCGAUGCGUAUCACUGGUAGUUGGGUCUCAAAUCUGUAUGUGUUUCACAUGGCGACGAAGCAUCGUGAUUUGGAACACACAAUCAGACCUAUAAAUAAUGUUGGUUUAGUGCGUCCUCUGAAACUAGAUAUCAGUCAGUGUUUCGAAGACUUGACAGCUAGGUUUAUCCGUACACGAAUCGCACAUGAGAUUGCCAGUCGAAUGGUGCGAUCUGUGUGUAUAGUGUUUUUCGAAGAUUUGAAUGAAUUGAUUGAGUUGCGGAAGCUGUACCGUCAAAUAUCCAGUGAUCCAUUUUAUUAUCACACUGACUGUGAGUAUUUGACGAAAUCUUCUCGGCCGUCAGUCAGUGACAAGAUGAGCAGUAUAUUUGGUCGAUUGGUCACCUAUUUGAGUGUUUUUGAGCCGAAUAGUGAACUGUUUGAUUAUCCGCAGUUGAAGAUGAGUGGCAGAACUCGAGAACAACACUAUGUUGAUUAUAGUAAGAACUGGAAGAAGAUACUGGAGACGAUUUAUACAGAGUUGUAUAUGCCAAGUGGAAGUCAUUUAUUGGAUGUACUUAGAAGUAGAUGCAAGAUUGCAGAAAAUAUUCCACAAAAUGAAGAACUUUUGAGAGAAUGUUGGAAUGAAUAUGGUGUCGGUUGGAAUAUUUCGGAGUUUAUUUUCCGAUAUUCACUUAAUCGUUAGAUAUUUUGUUUGUUCAUUGACAACUCAAGAUGAAAAUUUUGUUAUUAACAAAUUGCAAUAUUAUUCCUCUUAUUCAUAA